AUGGUGAGAACACCAUGUUCUAACAAAAAUGGAAUGAAGAAAGGUUUAUGGAGCGGGGAAGAAGAUAACAAGUUGAAAGAUUAUAUCCUCAGAUAUGGCCAUUGGAACUGGCGUAAACUUCCCAAGUAUGCAGGUUUAUCUAGAUGUGGGAAAAGUUGCAGACUGCGAUGGAUGAAUUACCUCCAGCCGAACUUGAAAAAAGGGGACUAUAGCGAAGAAGAAGAGAAUAUUAUAAUAAAAUUACACCACGAACGGGGAAAUAAAUGGUCAGCAAUGGCUGCAAAAUUACCAGGAAGAACCGAUAAUGAUAUAAAAAAUCACUGGCACACUCAUCUGAAGAAACGUGCAAAGCAAAAUGGAAAAUUAGAAGUAACUAAUGAAAAUUUCCAAUCCAUUGGAACUUGCCAGUUUGAAGACAGCCGAAAGAGAGAUGAUCAAGAAUGGGCACUUGACAGUGUUGUUGCCAUUGAUCCAUCCCAGCAAACUUCAGAAACCUCCUUAUUGCAAGCNAGAGAUGAUCAAGAAUGGGCACUUGACAGUGUUGUUGCCAUUGAUCCAUCCCAGCAAACUUCAGAAACCUCCUUAUUGCAAGCGGAACCAUUUUUCGGUGAAUUCUCAUCAUCAAGAUCUGAUUAUGCGCUCAACAGUGCUAUGGAGCGGAUCAUGGAUGAUAGUUUCACUUCAUUAUCAGAAACUCAUCAUGCGGAUACAAUUGAAACUUUCUGGAAUCAACCAUUUUUGUUAGAAAAUGAAACCACUACAAAUGAUGUACAAGCACUCCACUCCGAGUUGCUCUCUCAAAAUUCUCUUAUUUCUUGUGGGGAACGUCUAUCUAUGUAUGAUUACUAUUAUUGA